AUGAGUGAAAGGAAGUUCGCCCGUGGGUUAGGGAAACCUGGAACUGCGGCACAAUUAAGGGAGACGGUCUCGCAAGUCGUUAGGGAGAGCACUGUGCAAACCAAGCCACAUCUAGUUGAACCAUUAGAUUUUGAGAAAUUUGUGAUAAAAAACAAGACCGUCUUGCAAAAUGACCCCCAAAGAGAGCUGUUGCUCUAUCCCACAGAUGAUAUAUCGCCAAUUGUAUUGCCUCGGAGAUUUCGAACGGUAUCGCAGAAUAUCCCCUCCAUCAGCGAGACUGAAAGCUGCGGUCUUUUUACCAAGCAGUGCAUCAGUAGCUAUUCUACAAAUUGGAACUUGAUACACUACAAGUACAAUGCAUAUUCGGGAAGUUACGCCGAUCUACCACUUAGAUUACAGGAGGGAAAAUUUCAGGAGGAGGUAUAUGAGGUUGAUAUUGACACGGAUGCUGUGGACGACCUGAAACCGCAGUUGGACAACAUCACGAAGGAAGGUUUUCUCCUAAAGGGACCAGAAAUAGGAUCCGAAAGGUCAUUUGUAAACAUCGGCUCAAAAAGCUUCAAAAGAAGGUAUUGCUAUUUGCGGCAAGAGGUGGACGGUACUUAUAUUUUAGAAAUGUAUAAGGACGAGAAGAAGGGCGAGGCCAAGGUUACUAUCGUAAUGGAUUUUUGCACAGACGUCGUGAAGAAUUUGAAACGGGGCCGAUUCUGCUUCGAAUUGCGUAUGACGUCUGGACACAAGUCGUAUUUACUGGCUGCAGACAAUGAAUCUGAUCUCAAGGACUGGCUGAAUAAGUUAAGCUCUGUUCUGCAGCAGAAUAAAAUCCAGGAAGAAAAGCGAGCCGCUUCCUUGGAAAGAGAACGCAGCACUCCGCCGCCAUCCCCCCAAGUGCAGCCGUUCGGCACGCUGAAGGGCCUCGAGCAGAGCAUGAACCCCCAGCUGAUGCGGUACGCCCGAGAGACGGACGUCAGCAUAGCAGCGGCACGCAAGGACCACCGUUCGAAGAUAUUCGACCUCUACCCCAGCCUAGCGAUGAAUCUCAAGUCGCAGAACUCUAGUCAGGACCAAGUCGAACCGUACAGAGAGAUAUUCGGCCACCGGGUGUUCCUCAAGUGCGAGAGCAUCAAGUUGAAGCUGCAGGCCGUGGACGAGAAGGAGAACCUAUGCCAAGUCGAGCCGUACCACACGACGCUGUGCCUAUACGAUGCCAAAAAUGGAAGGAAACUGACUGAAAACUUCCAUUUCGAUGUUAAUAGUACUAGUAUAAGGAACACUUUUAGUAACGGUUUCUGUAGUGAGACGAAGAGCCAUAUCAAGCUGGAGCUGCCGCAGAGUUUACCCUCCGAGUGGUUGGUGUACCCCCGUCAGGCGCUGCUGAGCAUCACGAAUCCCCACCCGGACAUUUUCCUGGUCGUGAGGAUCGAGAAGGUGCUGCAGGGCGGGAUCUGUCAGAGCAGCGAGCCCUACGUGAAGGCCCACAAGGACCCCAAGAUCAGUUUGAAGGUGUACAAGAAUAUCGCCGUCUGCUGCCAGAGGUUGGGGAAGUACCGGAUGCCGUUCGCUUGGGCCGCUCGGCCGCUGUUCAGAUUGUACAGUAACGAAUUGGACUCGACGUCUGAUUUCCACGCUCUCUACAGGCAGGAACCGAACAAAAUAACAGACGAGGAAAUGCUGAAGCUGCUCUCUGAUUACAGGAAACCCGAUAAAUUUAAUAAAUUCACUGUGAUUCCAGGAUCCUUAGAAAUUAAGGUGUCUGCCAUUAACGAUCUUCCAGCCAACUGCUUAUCUACUUCUUUAGCGCCGCUGAAACCGUUUCCUUUACCUCCAACGAACGAACCGACAGUAGAAGUAACGGAAUUCGAGGGGGUGUCGGAAAAAGACGUUAACCCGUACACGACGUUCGUCAACCACCUCUACGUGUACCCGCUUAGCCUCAAUUACGACACCCAGAAGACUUUCACCAGGGCCAGGAAUAUCGCGUGCGUCGUGGAGGUGCGGGAUUCCGAUAACGAAGAAGCGAGAGGGUUGCAAUGCAUCUACGGCCGUCCCGGCCAACCCCCGUUAGUUUCUCAGGUAUCUUGUGCCGUUCUGCACCACAACGCCAUCCCCAUGUGGUACGAGGAAGUAAAGAUAAGGUUACCGACAAAUAUACUCUACUCGCACCACUUACUUUUUACAUUUUACCACAUAUCCUGUGAUAUUACCAAGAAGAGGGAGAACGGGAUAGAGAACUGUGUCGGGUACGCAUGGUUGCCCCUGCUCCAGAAAGGAAAACUCAACGUAGAAACUCAGGUCAUACCGGUCGCCUCCCAUUUGCCUCCCGGGUACCUUUCCAUACACCCCUUCGGCCUCGGCAGAGGGAACGCGGGACCAGAAAUAAAUUGGGUGGACGGUCAGAAGCCGAUCUUCACCAUAGCUUUCAACUUAGCGUCGACAAUAAACACGAAAGACCAGCACUUGUUCAACUUGUUCAUGCACGCAGAGAGGCUGUUGGAUCCCAAACCGUCGGCCGUACCUUCCGAGGGCGAGACUUGCAAGAUUCUCAAAGCGCUACAUGCCAUUCACUUGACCACGUUGAUAACGUUCCUGCCGACUCUCUUCAACCAGCUCUUCACUUUGUUAGUAGUGACGUCCAGCGAAGAGAUAGGGCUGAACAUAAUACGAGUGCUCAUAAAUCUAGUGAAUAUGGUGUACGACGCCAACAGGAGGGAUAUUUUGCAGUCCUACGUUAAAUACGUUUUCGUCUCGCCUGACAGUAAGAAGAACGUCACUGUCCACGAGGAGAUGUGCAAGCACCUGCCCGUUAUUCUGCACCCGAACAACACCGACUUUUUGGUCGUGAACAAAUUUAUGCAUCAUUCCGAUUUCUUCUUCGAUGUUAUCAUAAAGGGGAUGGCGCAGCAUCUUCUGUCUUCUGGAAGGAUAAAGAUGCACCGACAUGAACGCUUUUCCUCGGAAUAUUUGAACAGGAUAGAAAAUUUGUUGCAAGUACUUACACCUUACAUUCUAAACAAAUACAAGGAAAUACCACUCGAAACGAAAGAACUAAACAAAAGUUUGGCUUAUUUUUUAAAGAAAUGUUUAUCUUUAAUCGACCGCGGCUUCGUCUUCAAACUCAUCAACAACUAUAUGGACAAGUUCAACCCGGGCGAUCCGAGACUGCUGCAGGAGUACAAAUUUAGCUUCCUGGAGAUCAUCUGCAGCCACGAACACUACAUUUCUCUCAAUUUACCCAUACAACAUACCAAGCUCAGCCCUAGGAACAAAUCGCCCGACAGUUUCCAGGAAUUCACCCUGUCCGAGGAGUUCUGCAAGCACCACUUCAUCGUCGGUUUACUCUUACAGGAAAUAAAGACGUCGCUGAACGAGGUGACGCACAUCAGAAAAAUCGCCUUGAACACCCUCAAGAACCUCAUAGCCAAGCACGAGAUGGACGACAGGUACCAGAGCAAGGGUCAGAUGCAUCGCAUAUCGCUGAUCUACCUUCCCUGGUUGAGUAUCGUUUUGGAGAAUUUAAACCGGUUGGACGUCAAAGGGGGGAACGAAGACGAAGGCAAUGACAGUAUUAUUAACAGGAUCUCCUCGAGCAGUUCUUACUUGUUCGGGAAGAGUUCUACCGCCAGUGAUUGCACGCCGAGAAGCCACAGAUUUACCUUGCACAUAGACAAGGACAGCCCGAUGCACAUCAGGAACUCCGCCUUCUUCGAGGCCAUCGCGGGACAGUCUCUCGUCAACGGCAAUUCCCUGAGCAUAGAGUCGGACAUCUCCACGAUGUCCGGCGAUGCACAAUCCACGAUAUCCCAAGACACCACCAUAGUGAGAGACGAGAGUCUGAGAAACGACGACUCAAAAUCUCACACGAGGACGACCUCCCACAUCCAGCGAUACGACAAACUCCAACCCCAGGAGGUCAAAGAUGUGCUCCUAAUCUUCCUGUUUGUCGUCAAGUACCUGAACGAGGAACAGUUGCUGAUGUGGUGGCAAAACUACAGUGAGACGGACGUCGUUAACUUUUUCAGCGUAUUGGAGAUGUGCCUCUACUGCUUCAAAUAUUCCGGGAAGAGGAACGUCAGCGUGGUGAAGACUUCCGAAGGGGAGAAUCUGAGGACCAAGUCGAAAAAGGCGCAUACACUGCCCGCCAGAAUGAAUCCUUCGGAGAUUAACCACGAGAAUAGCAGCACUUUGGUUAUUCACACCAAUAGGGAGAAUUUAGUCAGUUCAGAAAACGAGGUGCACAAGAAACAGCAGGCCAUCCUGGAGCAACACCUGGCGUCCGAGAUAGGCCUGAUUACCCUGGACUGCAUGGGCUUGUACUGUAUGCACUUCCGAAAAAAUCUACUCAGCGCCGAUGGGGAGAACGAGGUUAUGAAGAAAAUUUUUGACAUUUAUUUGAGUUUUAUUCAAAUCGGACAGAGCGAAAAGUUAUUCAAGCACGUUUUCGCCGCCUUGAGGGCCUUUAUUAAUAACUAUUCUUCAGUUUUGUUCCAAGGAAACGCCAUAUUAUGCGGUAGACUGUGCUACGAACUCCUCAAGUGCUGCAACAGCAGGUUGGCCACGAUCCGGCAGGAAUCCUGCGCGAUCCUCUACCUGUUGAUGCGGAGCAACUUCGAAUUCACCAGUCGGAAGGGCCUGACGAGGGUGCACCUCCAGGUCAUCAUAUCCGUUUCGCAGAUGCUGGGGAACAUAGUGGGACUGAACAACGCGAGAUUCCAAGAGAGCCUGUCCUUAAUCAACAGCUACGCGUCCAGCGAUAAAGUCAUGAAGGGAACGGGAUUUCCCGUCGAGGUGAAAGAUUUGACGAAGCGCGUACGCACCGUCCUCAUGGCGACCAUCCAGAUGAGGGAGCAUCACCACGAUCCGGAGAUGCUCGUCGAUUUACAACACAGCCUGGCCAAUUCUUACGCUUCGACACCGGAACUGAGGCAUACUUGGCUGGAAACGAUGACUAGGAAUCACGUGAGGGACGGGAACUAUUCGGAGGCCGCCUGCUGCCAGCUGCACAUAGCCGCCCUGAUGGCCGAGUACCUGAAACUGAAAACGAUCCAGUCCUGGGGCGCGGAAUCCUUCGAAAAGAUAUCCUCCAACAUCUCCAAGGACGAGAAGGGCCUGAAACUUGAUGCCGGCGUCCAAGACAUCCAAUACACCGAAUUCAUCCUGCUGGAGCAGCUGGAGACGUGCGCGGAAUUCCUCGAUAAGGCCGAACGGUACGAGAUCCUCGGCGAACUGUACAAACUCAUCAUACCGAUCUACGAGAAGAAGAGGAACUACGAGAUGUUGAGGAAGUCCUACCAGAACCUGGCCCAGAACUACGACAAGAUCGUCGACUAUAACAAGAGCGGGAAGAGACUGCUGGGGCGGUAUUACCGGGUCGGUUUCUACGGACAGGCGUAUUUCGAGGAGGACAGCGGUGUGGAGUACGUUUAUAAGGAACCCAAAGUGACCUCCCUGAGCGAAAUCUCCGAGAGGCUGUACAAGCAGUACUGCGACAAGUUCGGGCAGGACGUGGUGAAGAUGAUUCAGGAUUCGACGCCGGUGAAUCAGAAAGAGUUGGACCCGAAGCUCGCUUACAUCCAAGUCACCCACGUCACUCCCUACUUCGAGAAGAGCGAAUUGGAAGACAGACAGACGGAAUUCGAGCAGAACCAUGACAUUAACUGCUUCAUGUACGAGACUCCCUUCACAAAAGACGGCAAGGCCAGGGGGAACCCCGAGGAGCAGUGGAAGCGACGGACCAUUUUAACGACGGUUUACUCGUUCCCUUACGUGAAAAAGAGAAUCGUAGUGGAAUCCAGGAGGCGGACGGAGCUGAGUCCUAUCGAGGUGGCGAUAGACGAGAUGCAGGUGAGGGUGGCAGAACUGGAGGACGUGGUGUUUACGCAGCCGACCGACGCGAAGAAGCUGCAGUUGAGGCUCCAGGGCAGCGUGUGCGUUCAGGUCAAUGCGGGGCCUUUGGCGUACGCGUCGGUGUUUUUGGAUCCGGCGCUCAGCAAUAUGUACCCGGAGGAGAAGGUGGAGGAACUGAAGGACAUCUACAGGGAGUUCUUAAAGAUCUGUUAUUCGGCGCUGCAAAUAAACGGCAAGUUGAUCGCCCAGGACCAGCAGGAGUACCAGGAGGUGCUCCGGCAGAACUACAAGAAGCUGUGCUCCUCCCUGUCGAGCAUCUUCGGGGAGUCCCUGUGGCCCCACGACGACACCGGCAGUUUCAAACGCAACAGCAUGGCGCUGUUCAGCGCCGUGACGGGCGCCUCGCAGAACUCCAGCAUGGCAUAA